CCGACUGAUCCUCUAAAGCGCCCGAUCACUCCAUUCAUUUUCUUUUGCCAAGAACAAUCAAUGGAGUUAAAAAAAACCCAAAUGAAAGUAGACGUGAAGGAUAUUGGGGACAAAUGGAAUCAACUUCCUGAAGAAGAAAAAAAUAAGUAUAUACAAAUGGGAAAGCUGCAAUCUGAACAAUAUGCCCAAUUAAAAACUGUGGUCCAACAAAAGCCUCCAAAAGUAAAAAUUCAAACCCGGAUUGAGCUUACAUCAAUUUGUAAGAUUAUUAGAAGGUUGGACAAAGCACAACAACAAGCAGUGAGUGAUAUGGGGUUUCAUGGCAUCCUAAGCCUUAGGUGCACGCACAUAGAUCAUGACUUGUGUCAUUGGUUAGUUCAGAACUUUGAUCCUUCAACUCAUUCAUUGAAUGUCCACGGUCUUCGAAUGCUUCUCACCGUAGAAGAUGUUCAUGAGUUGAUGGGAUUACCUUCCAAUGGUCUACCUGUGAAGUUAACAGAGUCCGUAGAUGAAAUUACAAACCUAUGUGAUGAACUUGCGAUGAAGAAUAAAUUUGUUCCGUUCCCAUCUUUGAAAUCUUAUCUGCUUGAAACAAAAGAUGCUGGAACUGAAUUUAAAAGGAAAUUUGUCUUAUACAUCAUUGGAGCCCUCUUGUGCCCCACCACAAAGGCAGGCGUACACCAAUCAUUCAUUAAAAUGGUUAAAAAUGUUGAGUCCAUCAGUCAAUUCAAUUGGGCAAAGCACACCCUUGAUUUUCUUGUCGACCGCAUUGCUAUUGCCAAGGUUAAAGAGCGGUCUGCUAUGUGCGGCUGUUUGCUUGUUCUAAUGGUACCUCCCCUUGAUGUGUAA